AUGAGCUCUCUCACCUUAAUCUGGGCGAACGAGGCGGCGCCCGUGUCGGGGAACAACCAAGUUCUUCAGCCCUGGAUCACCCAACCUGCUACCUCCAACGCCAACCUCGUAUGCCGCAUCCACACGCGCAUUCGCAGUCGCCUCUUCGUUGGGUCCAUCAACGGCAUCCCGGGACCCCUGGCCAUUAAGUUUGCGAGAGACGGGUAUGAAGUGGAAACCUUGCAGAAGGAGAUUCAGUUCUACGACAAGAGUUUGAAGACACUCCAGGGCGACGUUGUGCCGAAGGUCUUCGGCGGAUACAGGGGACGCGCUGAUGGUGUCGACAUCGCGGUGUUCAUCAUGGAAUAUUGCCAGAGUGUGGAGGAGCCCGACGCAAGGGAGUUCAACCGCAAGGUUAUGCUCGCAGCAUGCAAGCUCCACGCCGCGGGCGUGAUGCACAGAAACUUAUUAGCGAGCCAUCAUAUUAUCUCUACCGUGAAAGGCCUGCGAUUUGUCGAUUUUUCCGACGGCAUCAUGCAUAGGUGCCCAGGAGCCAACCCGCAAGUUCAGUGUGUUGGCCGCGGAAACCAACCUGUCGGAUGUUUCGAGCUCGACGUCCUGGAGCAAACGUACGGGCAAUACAGCGAUGCGGGAAUUACUCCCAAGGAGCCCUUCCAUAUCUUCGGGGGCUUGGAUGGCUCGAAAGCCGUCGUGGGAAGGAGAACAGUUUAA